AGAAUGGAUCUUGUAAACUUUUUCAUUCCCAACACCUUUCAGACCGGAGAGGAAAAGGGGCGGGGAUGAGGAGGAAGGCAUUUUCAGCCCGAGAAUGUUUCAGUGUGUGUUUGUGUGAGUCAAAAGUGUGGGUCUGCAGCUCUGCUACAUUUUAUGGGAAAGUCAGUUUCCCACCAUUGUGUCCUCAGCGGUUGCCAGACACUGACAGGGCUUGUAGGCUGUGUGUAUAUGUAUGUGUGUGUGUGUGUGUGUGUGUGUAUAUAUAUAUGUGUGUGUGUGUGUGGAGAACAGACGCUGCUGGUUUCAGAGAGCAGCACAGGAAGAGCCAGAGUUCAUAUCGUGUUGGAGCCUCUUAGGUGAAGGAAGGCAGCUCUUCCAGACCUGCGAGUGUUCGGCUGCCUUUUUGGACUGGUUUCAUUUUUCCAUUCUGUGGUUGUGGAGUGUUGACGUCCUGAGCGUGGCGGUUCCCGGCGUGGCCUAGCCAGUGGUGCUAGUGGCAGUGGCUGCAUGCCAUGGGCUGUGUCUUCUCCCUGCCAGAGGACAGGAGAGAUGCUGCUGAGAGAGCACCCACCACAAGAGAGACUAGUUUCAUCGAGAAAAUGAAGAAAACCGGCAAGAACAUCAUUGUGUUCUACGGCUCUCAGACGGGCACAGGAGAGGAAUUUGCCAACAGACUAUCCAAAGACGCUCAACGCUACGGCAUGAAGGGAAUGUCUGCCGAUCCAGAGGAGUACGAAAUGGGGGAGCUGUCCCGUCUGUCUGAGAUUAAAAACUCCCUCGCCAUAUUUUGCAUGGCCACCUAUGGUGAAGGAGACCCAACAGACAACGCCCAGGACUUCUAUGACUGGCUGCAGGAAAAUGAUGGUGAAAACCUCUCCGGACUAAACUACACUGUAUUUGCUCUGGGCAACAAGACAUAUGAACACUACAAUGCAAUGGGAGUAUAUGUUGACAAAAGGCUGGAAGAACUUGGGGCCAUGCGCAUCUUUGACCUUGGUUUAGGAGAUGAUGAUGGCAAUCUGGAAGAGGACUUUGUUUCAUGGAGAGAGCAGUUCUGGCCGGCGGUCUGUGAGCACUUUGGAGUGGAAGCCUUAGGCGAUGACUCAAGCAUACGGCAGUACGAGCUGAAGGAGCACACGGACCUCAACAUGAACAAAGUGUACACGGGAGAGAUUGGCCGCCUGAAGAGUUUUGAGGUCCAAAAGCCGCCCUUUGAUUCGAAAAACCCUUUCCUGGCUGCAGUCACUGUUAACCGCAGACUCAACAAAGCCGGUAAUAGACAUCUUAUGCACCUGGAGUUGGACAUAACGGGCUCAAAGAUCAGAUACGAGUCAGGAGACCACGUUGCUGUUUUCCCCACAAAUGACUCUGCGUUAGUGAACAAGUUGGGACAAAUCCUUGGAGUGGACCUUGAUGUGGUUAUCUCUCUCAACAACCUUGAUGAGGAGUCCAACAAGAAGCACCCUUUCCCCUGCCCCACCAGCUACCGCACAGCCCUCACUCACUACUUGGAUAUCACGCAGCCCCCUCGCACCAACGUCCUGUACGAGCUGGCACAGUACGCCUCUGACCCCAAAGACCAGGAGACUAUGCGCAAGAUGGCCUCUUCCUCACCUGAGGGCAAGGCACGCUACCACAGUUGGGUGCAGGGUGCCAGUAGAAACAUCCUCGCCAUCCUGGAGGAUAUGCCUUCUUUAAAGCCUCCCAUAGACCACCUGUGUGAGCUGCUGCCUCGUCUCCAGGCUCGCUAUUAUUCCAUCGCCUCCUCGUCAAAGGUUCACACCAACAGCAUCAGCAUCUGUGCCGUAGUGGUGGAGUACGAGACCUUGACCGGCCGCAUGAACAAGGGAGUUGCCACCAACUGGCUGAAGAACAAACUGGUCUCUGACAACAGCCAAAAGUCCACUGUUCCCAUGUACAUCCGCAAGUCUCAGUUCCGCCUGCCCUUCAAAGCCACAAACCCUGUGAUCAUGAUCGGCCCUGGGACAGGAAUCGCUCCCUUCAUGGGUUUCAUCCAAGAGAGAGGCUGGCUCAAAGAACAAGGAAAAGAAGUUGGAGAAACUGUGAUGUUUUUCGGCUGCAGACAUAAGAACGAGGAUUAUAUCUACCAGGAGGAGCUGGAGGAAGCGGAGAAGAAUGGAGUUCUAACGCAGCUUAAUGUUGCCUUCUCCAGAGACCAGGAGCAAAAGAUGUACGUGCAGCAUCUCAUGAAGACGAACAAGGAAGUCAUCUGGAAGCUGAUUCACUCCGACAACGCUCAUAUCUACGUCUGCGGGGAUGCAAAGAACAUGGCUAAGGAUGUGCAGACGGCCCUCCAUGAGAUAGGAGAAGAACUGGGAGGCAUGACGCGCGCACAGGCCACAGAUUACAUCAAGAAACUGAUGACCAAGGGACGCUACUCACAGGAUGUCUGGAGUUAAAGAGCUUCAGACUCGCUACUCAAGUGGAGGUUAUAAAAUUCUUUUAUUUUUAUUUUUUAUUGUGUGUCUUGUUUUAUCAGGACUAAAUAUAAAAAACAUUAAACGCAUGUUCAUCACCCUGGUUCAUGUGAGCUACAGGUAGCACAUGAUUGUGAGGCCAACACUACCUCAGCAGGUUUUGUUGAUAAAUCCAUUCAGCAGUUUUAAUCUGUAUUUUGUACGUAUACUCUGGAUCAGCAGACUGCUUCCUCUGGCUUCCUUACUUGAGCUCCGAUCUCAGAACAAACAAGGUUUACCACGUCUGGUUUAAGAUCCUCGGAUAUAAAUGAAUGAAUUUGUGUAAUUGGGUGUUCGGCUGCAAGUCUGGGUGCUCGCGGGUUGGGGUCGGGUGGGAUAUUAAUGAGUCAAUAAGAAAAGCUUUGUAAACUGAUGACAACUCUGAGUGUGACCGCGACUCGCUGCGCUCAGCUCCCGAUGUGCCCAGCUCCCGAUGUACAUGAUAUAAUUUGACUGAACCUGGAAAGAUAUAAAUUGAAAUUUUCUAAAGCUCAUUCAGUUCGCCAUCUUGAGAUAUGUUUAACUUUCAUCUAAUUGAUUUUAUUGUAGACGUAACACCACGACUGAUAAUAUUGGAUCAUAUGUGAACAUACCGAGCGGUCCUGUCAGUGUGAAGAUGCAGAAGAGACGUUUUAGACAUUAAAGGGUUCUGACUUUAGUUUCUCUCAGAGCUGAUCUUGUAGUAUUGUCAGAAAGUACUUCAAAUACAAUAAAUGUUUUAGAAAAUAUGUAGAAUCGAUCUGAGGAAAAUGUUUGAUGUAACAAACUGUCCUCAUGGGUGAACAAUUAUGCUUAGUAUGCAAUUAUCUUUUGACAAGGGAUUUUGCCUGUUAUGCAUAAGUUCCUGUUAAUUUUAAUCAGUGACAGUAACAUGUUGAGAGGCACAAUAAGUGAUGCAAAGGGGAAGCUCAUUACGUGUAUUUUAUUUCCCAUGAAAGCAGGUCUUUAAACAUGAUCAAAAUGAAUAUGUAGGUACCCUGUAAUAUUUGUAAAAUGUGCAUUUGAUAUGUUGUCCUUGAAACCAGAUCUGGCCUCUGAAAUGGUGGUUGUUUAUUUUAUAUGCAUCUGACAGCAGAGUAUGAAAUGCAUAUCAUUUUCUUCCAAUCACAUAUGCACCACUACAUGGAGAAGAUGACCAGGCGUAUCAAACAUGUUGUGUGUCUCCUGUAUCUGCCGGUGCUCAUCUCAGUCCCUUUGUGUGAAUCUAUGGAGGUUGAGGAUGUCAGCCAACCAGUUCAAAGUGCAGCCUGUGCCUUUUGAACACUGCCUUAUGUAAUUAGUUAGCAUUUAAAACCCUGAAGCUUCACUAACUUUUUAACAUUUGUUUUUAUCGUCUAUGCAUUCAUUGUGAUAGAAAUUCAUUUUACUCUGUACUGUCACUUUUUUGUUAUUCCAAUUCACAAUUGAUUUUUGACAAGACAUGCAUUUUUUUUUUAUGAAUAAAAUUGGUAUAAAUUGUU